CCUCCCAGCUGCCUGGGGACGCUCUCGGGCCCGAGCCGCCGCUCUUCCCGUUUCGAAUCCUCGCGCGCUUCCUUCCUCUCCUUCCCGCUGCCCUCCAUGGGUUUGCCGAAGUGGGAGGGGGUCGUGGAGGGCGUUUCCCCGGUCGCCGCGCGGCGUCAUUCCCAGCAUGCAGUGCGGGCCGCCCCUGCCACAGCCGCCGCUCCUGUCCCUGCAGCCGCCGCCGCUGCCUCUCCGUGCGCUGCCGUCACUUUCGCAGCUGUUGCCGCCGCCGCCGCCGCCGCUCCGGGGCUGGAAGACAUGGCGGAGGGAGGCGCGGCGGAUCUGGAGACCCAGCGCUCGGACAUCGCGUCGCUGCUCAAGACGGCUCUCCGCAAGGGCGACACCUGGUAUUUAGUGGAUAGUCGUUGGUUCAAACAGUGGAAAAAGUAUGUUGGAUUUGACAGCUGGGACAAAUAUCAAAUGGGAGAUCAGAAUGUUUAUCCUGGUCCUAUUGAUAAUUCUGGACUUCUCAAAGAUGGGGAUUGUCAAUCUCUUAAAGAACAUCUUAUUGAUGAGCUGGACUACAUUCUUUUACCAACUGAAGGAUGGAACAAACUAGUUAGCUGGUAUACUCUUCUGGAAGGUCAAGAACCUAUUGCACGCAAGGUAGUUGAACAGGGUAUGUUUGUCAAGCACUGCAAGGUGGAAGUUUAUUUGACAGAAUUGAAAUUAUGUGAAAAUGGAAAUAUGAACAAUGUAGUGACACGAAGAUUUAGUAAAGCUGAUACAAUAGAUACAAUUGAAAAAGAGAUAAGGAAAACAUUCAGUAUUCCAGAUGAAAAAGAAACAAGAUUGUGGAACAAAUAUAUGAGUAAUACCUUUGAACCUUUGAAUAAACCAGACAGUACCAUACAGGAUGCUGGCUUAUACCAGGGACAGGUAUUAGUGAUAGAACAAAAAAAUGAAGAUGGAACAUGGCCUAGAGGUCCUUCAGCUCCAAAGUCCCCAGGUGCAUCCAAUUUUCCAACUUUACCAAAGAUUUCUCCAUCUCUAUCAAAUAAUUAUAACAACAUCAACAACAGAAACAUGAAAAAUUCAAACUACUGCCUUCCUUCAUACACUGCUUAUAAAAAUUAUGACUACUCAGAACCAGGAAGGCACAAUGAACAGCCCGGUCUUUGUGGUCUAAGUAAUUUGGGAAAUACGUGUUUCAUGAAUUCAGCAAUUCAAUGUCUCAGCAAUACACCUCCACUCACAGAAUAUUUUCUUAAUGAUAAAUAUCAAGAGGAGCUAAACUAUGACAAUCCAUUAGGAAUGAGAGGUGAAAUUGCAAAAUCUUAUGCAGAGCUCAUCAAGCAGAUGUGGUCAGGAAAAUACAGCUAUGUCACUCCAAGAGCUUUUAAGACACAGGUAGGACGAUUUGCACCCCAGUUUUCAGGAUAUCAGCAACAAGAUUGCCAAGAAUUGCUGGCAUUUCUUCUAGAUGGUUUGCAUGAGGAUUUGAAUCGUAUUAGAAAAAAGCCUUAUAUUCAGCUAAAAGAUGCUGAUGGAAGACCAGAUAAGGUGGUUGCUGAAGAAGCUUGGGAGAACCAUUUGAAACGAAAUGACUCCAUCAUUGUAGAUAUAUUUCAUGGACUUUUUAAAUCAACCCUAGUUUGUCCAGAAUGUGCCAAGAUCUCUGUAACAUUCGAUCCCUUUUGUUAUUUAACUCUUCCUCUACCUAUGAAAAAAGAACGCAGUUUGGAAGUUUAUUUAGUUAGACUUGAUCCACUUUGUAAACCCAUGCAGUACAAAGUAGUAGUACCAAAAAUUGGAAAUAUACAGGAUCUCUGCAUCGCAUUAUCAACUUUGUCAGGUGUUGCUGCAGAUAAGAUGAUCGUUACUGAUAUAUAUAAUCAUAGGUUUCAUAGAAUAUUUACAAUGGAUGAAAAUCUAACCAGUAUUAUGGAGCGUGAUGACAUUUAUGUAUUUGAAAUUGCCAUCAACAGAACUGAAGAUACAGAGCAAGUUGUAAUUCCAGUUUGUUUAAGGGAAAAGUUUCGCCAUAGUGGUUAUAGCCAUCAUAGUGGUUCAACACAUUUUGGACAACCUUUUCUUAUAGCAGUGCCUAGAAAUAACACAGAAGAUAAACUGUAUAAUCUUCUGCUAUUAAGAAUGUGUCGAUAUGUGAAAACCUCUGCUGAAACAGAAGACACUGAAGCAUCUCUCCAGUGCUGCAAGAACAAUAGCAUCAAUGGUAAUGGUCCAAAUGGAAUUCAUGAAGAAGGAUCUCCAAGUGAAAUGGAAACUGAUGAACAAGAUGAUGAAUCUAGCCAGGAUCAAGAACUACCAUCUGAAAAUGAAAACAGUCAGUCGGAAGAUUCUGUGGGAGGUGAUAAUGAUUCUGAAAAUGGAUUAUGUACAGAGGAUUCCUGUAAGGAUCAAGUUAUAGGGCACAAAAAACGAUUGUUCACAUUCCAAUUCAACAGCUUAGGCAAUACAGACAUCAAUUAUGUCAAAGAUGAUACCAGGCAUAUACGAUUUGAUGACAGACAACUUCGACUAGAUGAAAGAUCUUUUUUGGCUUUGGAUUGGGAUCCUGAAUUCAAGAAGAGAUACUUUGAUGAAAAUGCUGCUGAGGAUUUUGAAAAACAUGAAAGUGUGGAAUAUAGACCUCCCAAAAAACCAUUUGUGAAGUUAAAAGAUUGCAUUGAGUUAUUUACAACUAAGGAAAAGUUGGGUGCUGAAGAUCCAUGGUAUUGCCCAAACUGUAAAGAACAUCAGCAAGCUACCAAGAAACUAGAUUUGUGGUCACUACCGCCAGUACUGGUGGUGCAUCUAAAACGUUUUUCUUAUAGCAGAUACAUGAGAGAUAAAUUGGAUACAUUGGUUGACUUCCCAAUAAAUGAUUUGGAUAUGUCCGAAUUCCUAAUUAAUCCAAAUGCUGGACCGUGUCGCUAUAAUUUGAUUGCAGUGUCAAAUCACUAUGGAGGCAUGGGAGGAGGGCAUUAUACUGCUUUUGCAAAAAAUAAAGAUGAUGGGAAGUGGUACUACUUUGAUGAUAGCAGUGUGUCAACUGCAUCCGAAGAACAAAUUGUGUCCAAAGCAGCUUAUGUGCUCUUCUAUCAGAGACAAGACACAAUCAGUGGAACUGGUUUUUUUCCUCUUGAUCGGGAAACUAAACAAGGUGCUUCUGCUGCUACAGGCAUUCCAUUAGAGAGUGAUGAAGACAGUAAUGAGAAUGACAAUGAUAUAGAGAAUGAAAAUUGUAUGCACACUAAUUAAUCAAAGAACUAGAAGCCAUACAGAGAAGAACUUCCUGAUGGGAGCUCUCGAUUUAAAAAAAUGAAAUUAUCCACCAAAUUAAAAAUAAAAUCUGAGAUGGGAAAUUUCAGAUGACAGAAUGUAAAUCCUUUUUACAUUUUAACUUGUGCAGUACCUGAAGUGAAACACAAUGAAAACAUUAGAAUUUGUCUCUAAUAUCUUUGCAAUCUUGUAUUUACAAGCUAUAUAGGAAAUCAAAAUAAAUCCCUUUACAAUUUCUGCUGCAAUCUGGAUGAAUUAGUUUCUUUGUUUUGGAUGCAAAUUAAUAUUGACAAUUUGUGGAUUUGUUCUUUUGUCUCAAUACCCCAAGAAUAUUACCGCAAAACCUCCGUUUUUCAAUGGAUAUGUCCUUAAACCAGUAACAAAAACAUUGACUAAUAUAGUCAACUCAAUGCAGCAACAUUCUUGGAAUGUCAGAUUUUCAAGUUUCUCCCUCAAAUGUUUAUUAAAAAGAAACUUAAUCAUGAUAAAAUGACUUGGAAAAGGUGUUUUAACCUUUUGUAAUAAAAGUAAUCUUCCAGAAUAUUAUGUUCAUCUUACGGCUGCUGUGGAACAGGUUCUGGAUUUCAUGCUGCAUUAAGGAAUUGAAUUUUUCAAUUAAAUGUAAGUAUCCCUCAUUGCUUGUUGGAUCUACUUUGUAAACAUAAUCCCUGUUAUCUUGUUUAUAAGAUGUGCGUAACUUUAAUCUGGUGUCAGUCCAAAAAUUUUGACUGUGCUGUAAGUCCCUCUUUCUCCCAAUUUUUAGUAGUUUGACAGUUUGCAAACUACAUACAGUGUAAUAGAUUCCAAUUUUUAAUAGUAUACUGUAUUCAUAGUAAUGACUGUGCAUCAAGCUUAGAUGACUUUUCCAUAUAACUUGCCUUCAAAUUUGUUAAUGGGCAACUGGUUCAAAGGUAGGUCUGCUAAUUUUUCAUGUGCAUUCUUGGUGGAUUCACCAUAGCCUUACAUCUUAUCUCAAAAGAUAACUUUACUUAAUAUAGAAGAAUUGGCAUUUGCAUGUUCAAGAGUCAGAACCUGUACAAUAAGUAGAUAAAGUAUACAUACCUUGAAUUGGGUUUUAAUCGUGUUGAAGGGAUGCCAAAAAUAAGUGUGACUGUUUGAAAUGUUUUUGUUUGCCGCUUUCCCUUUGAUAGUUGAAGUAUUGUUAAUACAUACACAAUACUAUCUUUGAUAGAAACUCUCUUAAGUGUGGAGGCACACUUCACAUAUCUACUACCUAAGGUCCCACCAUUGUUAAAGCAAAAAGUAUGAUCUUCACUUGAACUAAGCAAAUACAAUAGGUUAUAAAUUGUGUAUUGUAAACAAAGUUCACUCUGUGAGUGCACAUUUUGGUAAAUUAUUUAUUUAUGUUAGCAUUUAAAAGUUUUAAAUAGCAUUUCACCAGGAUAAAAUUAGGUUUGUGGACAUGGCUUUGCUUUAUACUUUGAUAUUAAAAGCUGGUGUUUAAUCCUGGUAUUUUAAAGCUGCUUUUUUCAAUGUAAGCUAGCCUCCUGCAUGACAGAGGUUAUAAAUUGUCUGCACUUGAGUUCACUUGGGUUUACAUUUGAAAUGCGCAUGUUUUAUUUAUAAAAAUUUCAAUAAAGCUAUUCAACGCCUUAUUUAGUUUUCUUGAUUUUUUUCCAAACCUUUGAUAAUGGCUGUGUGGUUAUAGAAACAACACAUUUCAUUUAAUAGUGAAUAUGCCAUCAUUGAAUCAAAUACAAAUAUUGGGCACAGCCAAAUUUUCAGCCAUCUUGAAGAUCUGAACAUCGUUGUUCUGAAAAUGGGUCUUUUUUGAAUUGUACAGUAGCAUGAAUGAGUGAAACCAGAGACAAUUCUUCUCAUAUUUACACUGAACUGAUUAAAAUACUAUCAGCAAUAUGUAUAGGACUGACAUUUGAAUUGUACGCAUCUCAGAAAUGCCUUAUCAUUAUUUUAUUUGACAUCUUUCACAUAAUGCAUUGCUUUAUAAAAUUGGUUGGACAAUUAUAUAAUUUACACUUGUAUUUUCCAAGCAGCUGAUUUAGAAAAUUAUACAUAAUAUAUGUUCAUGUGUAAUAACUAAGUUCACGGCCUGCUUAGACCUGGUUUGCUUAACUAUGAUUGUUAAAACUAUAGUUGUGUUUGCAUAUUAAGUGGGUUUGGCAUAAGACCAAAACCAAACCUUAUCAUGUAUUAGAGUGAUUUAUAAAUCAAGGCAAUAUACAAUCUUGCUAUGCUAAAUUAAACCCCACUUUACUUAACCUCUGUCCCUCCUGAUUGGUGAAGACCACCUGGGGAAUGAUAGGCAGUUGGUCCAAAUGGUAGUUUGCCUGCCUUGAAGGUGGUAGUGUACCCCUCCUCAAGUCAAUGCUGGACCCAACUUCAGAAAAAGUUGAGGUGAUCAGGCUGUGCCUUUAGUGGAUUCUGGAGAAAUGAGAUUAUAUUGAUAACAUUUCAGGCAAGUUUCAGAUUGAGGCAGACUAUUGGGAUACUGAUCACACUUUUUGAUGACUUCUAGCAGAGCCAUGGGAGGAGGGAUGCUCUGUUUCUCCAGGAUCUCUCAAAAUCUUUGCAUACCAUUGAUUUGUGGGACCUUUGAUUCCCAAGAGGGAUUAGAGAUUGUGAGAUCUUUGAGUCCCAAAAGGGAUUAGGAAUGGGGAUACUGUGUUUUGUGAUUCUUUUAUAAUCCGCUUCAGUCAAAGCUGACAGGAAGAGAAUGUUUGUGGCCAAACCCCCUGAAAUGUAGGAUACCACAGUACUUGGGAGUCCUCAAUCCUUCUGAAUAAUAUAUCCAUGAGACUGCUAAAUUUCAUCAUCUCUAGCAGCAUCAGUACUGCACAUGCAUCUUAGGCUGACCAAGUAAAGUUAUCAAGUACAUGUCCCAAUGUCUGGAUGUGAUGAAAAUUUGGAUCGGGUAAAAUCAACUCGGGUUCAACCCUAGCGAGACUGGCUAAUUUCAUCUUUAAUCCUGAGUAGGGUCGCACCUCUCUAUUUAGGACUGGUACACAAUUUAUGAUUUUUCUGUUACCUGCAAUCCUGCUUCAAAGAUCAAGUGGAAAUCGUGACCAGGAAAAUCUUGUACAUCAGUUGCGCCCACUCCUGGACCAGGAGAUCCUACAGAAAGUCACUCAUUCCUGGAUCACUGCACCUGUGGAUAACUGGAGUGAACUCUAUAUGGGGCUGCCCUUAAAGACCAUUUAGAAGGUGCAGUGCUCAGAAUACAGCACCAUGGGCAGUACUGGCUACACUCAUGUAAUGCUUCUGAUUCAUGACUUGUACUGACUGCCAAUUAGCUUCUGAUUGAAAUUCAAAGGUUGGUUGCCAGCUAUAAAUUCAUCUAUG